GCAUGUGGGAUCCUCCCAGACUGGGGCACGAACCCGUGUCCCCUGCAUCGGCAGGCGGACUCUCAAUCACUGUGCCACCAGGGAAGCCCCUAUGAUCCUUUUAAUCAUUGUUGCAUUCAGUUUGCUAGCAUUUUGUUGAGGAUAUUUGCAUCUAUAUUCAUCAGUGAUAUUGGUGUGUAAUUUUCUUUUUUUGUAGUAUCUUUGACUGGUUUUGGUCUCGGGGUGAUGGUGGCCUUGUAGAAUGAGUUUGGGAGUGUUCCUUCCUCUGCAGUUUUUUGGAAGAGUUUGAGAAGGAUGGGUGUGAGGUCUUCUCUAAAUGUUUGAUAAAAUUCACCUGUGAAGCCAUCUGGUCCUGGACUUUUGUUUGUUCGGAGAUUUUUAAUCACAGUUUCAAUUUCAUUACUUGUGAUUGGUCUGUUCAUUUUUCCUACUUUUUCCUGGUUCGGUCUUGGAAGGUAUACCUUUCUAAGAAUUUGUCCAUUUCUUCCAGGUUGUCCACUUUAUUUGCAUAGAGUUGCUUGUAGUACUCUCUUAUGAUGCUUUGUAUUUCUGUAGUGUCCAUUGUAACUUCUCCUUUUUCAUUUCUAAUGUUAUUGAUUUGAGUCCUCUCCCUCAUUUUCUUGAUGAGUCUGGCUAAAGGUUUAUCAAUUUUGUGUUUUUUCUCAGAGAACCAGCUUUUAGUUGUAUUGAUCUUUGCUGUUGUUUUCUUUGCUUCUAUUUCAUUUAUUUCUGCUCUGAUCUUUACAAUUUCUUUCCUUCCACUAACUUUGGGUUUUGUUUGUUUUACUUUCUCUGGUUCCUUUAGGUGUAAGGUUAGAUUGUUUAUUUGAGAUUUUUCUUGUUUCUUGAGGUAGGAUUGUACUGCUAUAAACUUUCCUCUUAGAACGGCUUUUGUUGCAUCCCGUAAGUUUUGGAUCAUUGUGUUUCGUUGUCAUUUGUUUCUAGGCAUUGUUUUGAUUUCCUCUAUGAUUUCUUCAGUGAUCUCCUGGUUAUUUAAUAAUGUAUUGUUUAGCCUCCACGUGUUUGUGUUUUUUACGUUUUAUUUCCCUGUAAUUUAUUUCUAAUCUCAUAGCAUUGUGGUUGGAAAAGAUGCUUGAUAUGAUUUCAGUUUUCUUAAAUUUACCAAGACUUGAUUUGUGACCCAAAAUGUGAUCUAUCCUGGAGAAUGUUCCAUGUGCACUUGAGAAGAAAAUGUUAUCUGCUGUUUUUGGAUGGAAUGUCCUAUAAGUAUCAAUUAAAUCUAUCUGGUCUAUUGUGUCAUUUAAAGCUUCUGUUUCCUUAUUAAUUUUCUGUCUGGAUGAUCUGUCCAUUGGUGUAAGUGAGGUGUUAAAGCCCCCCACUAUUGUGUUACUGUCGAUUUCCUCUUUUAUGGCUGUUAACACUCGUAUUGAGGUGCUCCAAUGUUGGGUGCGUGUGUAUCUAUAAUUGUUUUAUCUUCUUCUUGGAUUGAUCCCUUGAUCAUUAUGUAGUGUCCUUCCUUGUCUCUUGUAAGACUCUUUAUUUUAAAGUCUACUUUGUCUGAUAUGAGUAUUGCUACUCCAGCUUUCUUUUGAUUUCCAUUUGCAUGGAAUGUCUUUUUCCACCCCCUCACUUUCAGUCUGUAUGUGUCCCUAGGUCUGAAGUGGGUCACUUAUAGACAGCAUAUAUAUGGAUCUUCUUUUUGUACCCAAUCAGUGAGCCUGUGUCUUUUUUUUUUUUUUUUUGCGGUACGCAGGCCUCUCACCGUUGUGGCCUCUCCCGUUGCGGAGCAGAGGCUCUGGACACACAGGCUCAGCGGCCAUGGCUCACGGGCCCAGCCGCUCCAUGGCAUGUGGGAUCUUCCCGGACCGGGGCAUGAACCCGUGUCCCCUGCAUUGGCAGGCGGACUUUCAACCACAGUGCCACCAGGGAAUCCCUAGCCUGUGUCUUUUUGUUGGAGCAUUUAAUCCAUUCACAUGUAAGGUAAAUAUUGAUAUGUAUGUUCCUAUUACCACUUUCUUAAUUGUUUUAGGUUUUUUUUUGUAGGUCCUUUUCUUCCCUUGUGUUUCCCACUUAGAGAAGUUCCUUUAGCAUUUGUUGUAGAGCUGGUUUGGUGGUGCUGAAUUCUCUUAGCUUUUGCUUGUCUGUAAAGCUUUUGAUUUCUCCAUUGAAUCUGAAUGAGAUCCUUGCCAGUAGAGUAAUCUUGGUUGUAUGUUCUUCCCUUUCAUCACUUUAAAUAUAUCGUGCCACUCCCUUCUGGCUUGUAGAGUUUCGUCUGAGUAAUCAGCUGUUAACUUUAUGGGAGUUCCCUUGUAUGUUGUCAUUUUUCCCUUGUUUUAAUAAUUUUUCUUUAAUUUUUGUCUAUUUGAUUACUACAUGUCUCGGCAUGUUUCUCCUUGGGUUUAUCCUGCCUGGGACUCUCUGCACUUCCUGGACUUGGGUGGCUAUUUCCUUUCCCAUGUUAGGGAAGUUUUCAACUAUAAUCUCUUCAAAUAUUUCCUCGGGUCCUUUCCCUCUCUCUUUUCCUUCUGGGACCUCUAUAAUGCUAAUGUUAGUGUGUUUAAUGUUGUCCCAGAGGUCUCUUAUGCUGUCUUCAGUUCUUUUAAUUCUUUUUUCUUUAUUCUGUUCUGCGGCAGUGAAUUCCACCAUUCUGUCUUCCAGGUCACUUAUCCGUUCUUCUGCCUCAGCUGUUCUGCUAUUGAUUCCUUCUAGUCUAUUUUUUUAAAUUUUUAUUAUUGUAAUGUUCAUCUCUGUUUGUUUGUUCUUUAAUUCUUCUAGGUCUUUGUUAAACAUUUCCUGCAUCUUCUGGAUCUCUGCCUCUAUUCUGUUUCCGAGGUCCUGGAUCAUCUUCACUAUCAUUAUUCUGAAUUCUUUUUCUGGAAGGUUGCCUAUCUCCACUUCAUUUAGCUGUUUUUCUGGGGUUUUAUCUUAUUCCUUCAUCUGGUAUAUAGUCCUCUGCCUUUUCAUUUUGUCUGUCUUUCUGAGAAUGUGGUUUACAUCCUCCAGGCUGCAGGAUUGCAGAUCUUCUUGCUUCUGGUGGAUGAGGCUAUCUAAGAGGCUUGUGCAACCUUCCUGAUGGGAGGGACUAGUGGUGGGUACAGCUGGGUGUUGCUCUGGUGGGCAGAGCUCAGUAAAACUUUAAUCCGCUUGUCUGCUGAUGGGUGGGGCUGAGUUCCCUCCCUGUUGGUUGUUUGGCCUGAGGAGACCCAGCACUGGAGCCUACAGGCUCUUUGAUGGGGCUAAUGGUGGACUCUGGGAGGGCUCACGCCAAGGAGUACUUCCCAGAACUUCCGCUGCUAAUGUUCUUGUCCUUGGGGUGAGCCACAGCUGUCCCCCACCUCUGCAGGAGACCCUCCAACACAAGCAGAUGACAACGGCAACACGACAAGAAGUUCUUGGCCUCUACCGCAGAAUUUUCAGGCUUGCGAGGAAAUGGCAGGCUGCAUCAGGGCAGAUGGAAGACACCAUUAGAGAGAAACAGUACAUAUUAAAUGAAGCCAGAACACUGUUUCAGAAAAACAAAAAUCUUACAGACACAGACCUGAUUAAACAGUGUAUAGAUGAGUGCACAGCCAGGAUUGAAAUUGGACUACAUUACCAGAUUCCUUAUCCAAGGCCAAUUCAUCUACCUCCUAUGGGCCUUACCCCACUACGAGGCCGGGGACUUCGAAGCCAGGAUAAAUUGAGGAAAUUUGCCAAACCAGUAUAUCUCAAGUCUCACGAUGAAGUUUCCUAACCCAGAAAAAAAGUUUUUUUCUGAGAAUGAUGAGCCAACUAGGUCUUAAAUGUAAACCAGACAACAAAGCUCUUCUUGAUUGGGAGCAAAAAUCCAAAUAUCUUCUUAAAACCUUCAAAAUACUGGUACUCACCCCAUGGCGUGUGCUCAAACAUCACUACAGUUUGUCAGGAUCUUGCUGCCUGAGUGGACAGCACUAACCCUAGAGGUCAUGGACCUUAUAUCCUCACUGAAGCAUCAUCUGGAAACAAGACUAAGGCCUGUGGGCAGAAGACUGAAAGGUGACAAAGCUCUUCAAGGGAAUGCCGGUCACCACACGUGCCAGCUGAUAUGAAGAAAUUAGCCAGUUGCUGGAAGUUCUCAUGGCUACUAUAAAACUAUAUACCACCCCUCAGAAUAUUUUUAGGCUUUUUUUUUCAAGUUAUAGAUUUGCUUAAAAGUGGGUUUUUUGUGUGUGCUUUGUUGUCUUCUGACACUUCCAAUUUCCACAUAAACAACUCCCCUUAAAAAGCG